CAUAUCAUAGCUGAUGGGUAAUGAAUAAUGAAGACAACUAUGAUACAUAAUCAAUAAGGAUAAAACUUGACGCAAUACAAGUCUUUGCUUUAUGAUUGAUUGUCGUAGAGAAGUAUUGACUGUAAUUUUUUGGCUCGGUUCGUGUCAUUGCAACUUUGAUCUCCUUUUAUCCUCAGUGGAUAACCUUAUCCACUGAAAAGCUACCUUACCAGACAUUUUUCCUUUGCUUUCCUCCUUUCAUUUUUCAGCAAGUUACUGCUGAUGAACCUCCAAAUCUCUUUUUACGACAUGUUUGACGACACAGGCACCUUAACUUAUUCCCCGUAAAGGAAAAUCUUGGGCCUAAAUGGAAGCCAUCAGUCCUCUGCACCAUUUAGUCUUCAGCCCACAAAGAAACUUCGCCACAAAAUUUAGUAUGCUAACUGUUGCAGAGACCGCUGUUGAAGCUUCACGUCGUGCUUCUCUCGAGCCUCCGUCCUCUGAAUCUUUGUCGAGCAUUUCUUCAUUUAGCAAGUUUAAUCCAGCUAGUUUAGUCAAAGCAAGCCAUGCCCAGAUCAUAAAAAUGGCCAAGAAGAAAGAUUCAGAUGUAAAGGUGCAAUCUUUGAUCACAUCUUACUUGGAAUCCGGCGAUUUUGAAUCAGCUGCGAUGGUUUUCUUUGUGGGCUAUGCACAAAACUAUUCGCCCUGGAACUCUUUCUUGGAGGAUUUCAGAAAUUUUGGUGGAGACCCUCAUGAAGUUCUUAAAGUUAUCGUUCAAUUGCACAAUAUGGGAGUGACCUUUGGCAGUGAAGCUCUUGCCAUAGUUCUCAAACUCUGUGCAAAUUUAAGAGUUUCAUGGUUAGGUUUGGCAAUUCAUGUUUGUUUAAUCAAAAGAGGCUUUGAUCUGGAUGUGUUUGCAAAAUGUGCAUUGAUGAACUUCUACGGGAGGUGUUGGGGUUUAGAUACUGCUAAUGAGGCGUUUGAUGAAACUUCAGAUCAUAGUUCUUUGUUGUUGAAUGAAGCUUUUUUGGUAGCUUUGAGGAAAGAGAAAUGGUUUCAGGGUCUAGAAAUUUUUCGCCAAAUGCAACUUUUGCCUGUGGAGGCUAAUAAUAGCUUCACUAUUGCUAAAGUUCUACAAGCUUGUGGGAAACUUAAAGCUCUUGAUGGGGGAAAGCAGAUACACGGUUAUAUCCUGCGAAAUGCAAUGGAAUCCAAUUUACUGAUAUGCAAUUCACUUAUCAAUAUGUACUUCAAAAAUGGCAAGCUUGAACUUGCUACAACAGUUUUUGGUCUGAUGGAAACCCGAAACCUGUCUACAUGGAACUCGGUAGUCUCUGGUUAUAUGGCACUUGGUUAUAUGAAAGAUGCAUCGGAAAUAUUGCAUGAAAUGGAAGCUUCUAAUAUGAAACCAGAUAUAGUGACUUGGAAUAGCCUUCUCUCAGGCCAUCUCCAUCAUGGAUUAUACCAAGAAGUACUGAUGAUAUUGCAGAAUAUGCAAAUUGCUGGUUUUGAGCCAAACUCCAGAUCUAUUACCACUGUACUUCAAGCAGUAAGUGAAUUGUGUUACCUAAAUCUUGGGAAGUCAACUCAUUGCUAUGUUGUAAGAAAUGGGCUUGAUUCUGAUCUACAUGUGGGGACUUCAUUGCUAGACAUGUAUGUGAAGAAUAAUGACUUAAACAGUGCUCGAGCUGUUUUUGAUGGUAUGAAGGACAGAAACAUCUUUGCUUGGAACACAAUGAUUUCUGGGUAUUCCUUCAAGGGCAAUUUUGUAGAAGCUAUGAGCCUUCUGAACCAAAUGAAGAGAGAGGGAGUUAAUCCUGAUCUAGUUACAUACAACAGCAUGGUAUCUGGUUAUUCAAUGGCAGGAAAAAUUAAUGAAGCCUUAGCCAUGAUUAGGCAAAUUAAGAACUCAGGCUUGACUCCCAAUGUGGUCUCAUGGACCGCCCUUAUAUCCGGCAGUUCACAGAGUGGACACUACAAAAAUGCACUCGAUUUUUGCUACCAAAUGCAGAAACAAGGUAUCAAGCCGAACUCAGCUACGAUUGCUAGCUUACUAAGAGCUUCUGCAGGCUUGUCUUUGUUGCACAAAGGAAAAGAGGCGCACUGCCUCAGUAUCAGAAAUGGUUACACAGAAGAUGCAUUUGUCUGCACAGCACUUGUAGACAUGUACAGUAAGUGUGGUGAUUUAGAAAGUGCAUAUAAAGUUUUUCACAAGGCCCAGAACAAGACAUUAGCUUGUUGGAACUCCAUGAUAAUGGGGUUUUCUAUAUAUGGCUACGGGAAGGAGGGUAUCUCUCUGUUUCAAAGAAUGCAAGAAGAGAAACUUCAACCAGAUGCUAUUACCAUGACAGCUCUCCUCUCAGGGUGCAAACAUUCUGGUUUAAUCGAUGAAGGGUGGGAAUAUUUUGACAGUAUGCAGAUGGAAUAUGGGAUUACUCCGACCAUCGAACACUAUUCUUGUAUGGUCGAUCUUCUUGGAAGAGCUGGAUAUCUUGACGAAGCUUGGGAUUUCAUCAAGCAAAUGCCUAUAGAGCCUGAUGUAACAGUCUGGGGUGCGAUUCUUGGAUCGUGUCGAGUCCAUGGUAACAUCAAGCUGGGAGAGAUUGCUGCCAAAGAACUUUUCAAGUUAGAACCACAUAAUCCUGCUAACUAUGUCUUGAUGAUGAACAUGUAUGCAGCUUCUAAGAGAUGGGAUGAUGCGGAGAAGGUCAAAGAUUUGAUGGCUCAUAGGUUGGUGAAAGUAGGACAUGUUGGGAGCUGGAUAGAAAUCGAGAAGACCGUUCAUGUAUUUUCUGCAGUGGGUAACCACCAUCAAGAUGGUGAAAUCUAUUUUGAACUAUAUCAACUGAUAUCUGAGAUCAACAAGAUGGGAUAUGUACCGGAUACUAAAUGUGUAUACCAGGACAUGGAUGAGGAGGAGAAGGAGAAGGCCCUGCUUUCACAUACAGAAAAAAGAGCAAUUACAUAUGGGCUGAUUAAGACAAAAACCAAUACCCCAAUAAGGGUGAUUAAGAGUACAAGAAUCUGUGCAGAUUGUCAUACAUUUGCAAAAUACAUUUCCAUGGCUAGAAAGCGGCAGAUCAUCAUCAAAGAUGGUGUUCGUUUUCAUCAUUUUAUAGAAGGCAAGUGUUCCUGCAGAGAUUUUUGGUAAUGAAGCCUGUUCUGCACUUUGCAGGCACGCUUUAAUCACCAAGGUAUCAAUAAACUCUGAAUAGUUUUCCGAAGGAUGUAUAUAAUGAAGCCACUGUGAAGU